AUCAAAUAUGCGAUUGCCACAAAGAAACGUUACAUACUUACAUUGUCAUCACCACCAAGCUGAAUCAGUCAUGAUCAAUCAAAGACCCAUCAAACCCAGACCAAACCCAUCAUCUUCCUCAUCAUCCUCUUUCGAUCCCCACAAAUCCGACCAAACCCUAACCAAAAUGGGCAGACGAUCAAUCUUCAAACUAACCCUAGCCACACUCCUCUUCCUCUUCGCUUUCUACACCCUUUUUCACACCCCAAUUCACCCCAAUCCACACACCCAUCUGCACCCACAAACCACCCUUCAAACCCCACAACAAUCCGUCAAAAUCUACAUGUACAAUCUCCCAUCAAGAUUCACCUAUGGCGUCAUCGAAAGCUACGAAAUUUCUCGAGGUGCCAAGGGGUUUGAUGACGUCACAACCCUCAAAUACCCCGGUAAUCAACACGCAGCUGAAUGGCACUUGUUUUGUGAUCUGAAUAAUACAAAAAGAUCCGGGUCGGAUGUGACCAGGGUUUCGGAUCCGGGUCAGGCUGAUUUGUUCUAUGUGCCGUUUUUUUCGUCGUUGAGUUUGGUGGCGAACCCGGUUCGCAAUGGGGUUGCGCCAAAAGAGGGGUAUAGUGAUGAGGAGACACAGGAGGAGUUGGUUAUGUGGUUGGAGGAACAGUUUUAUUGGAAGAGGAAUAAUGGGAGGGAUCAUGUGUUUAUUUGUCAGGAUCCGAAUGCGUUGUAUAAGGUUAUUGAUCGGGUUAAGAAUGCGGUGUUGCUUGUUUCGGAUUUUGGGAGGUUGGGUUCCGAUCAAGCGUCGUUGGUUAAGGAUGUGGUGUUGCCGUAUUCGCAUAGGAUUAAUGCAUAUAAGGGGGAUACGGGUGUGGAGAAUAGGAAGUGGUUGAUGUUUUUUAUGGGGAAUCGGUAUCGAAAGGAGGGAGGAAGAAUUCGUGAUUUGCUGUUUCAGUUACUGGAGGAUGAAAACGAUGUUUUUAUAAAGCAUGGUUCUCAGUCAAGGGAAAGUAGGAGAAUGGCUACACAAGGGAUGCAUACUUCAAAGUUCUGUUUACAUCCAGCUGGCGAUACGCCUUCUGCAUGUCGCCUUUUUGAUGCCAUUGUUAGCUUGUGUGUUCCUGUUAUAAUCAGUGACUAUAUCGAGCUUCCUUUUGAAGAUGUCAUAGACUACAGGAAAAUUGCUGUUUUUGUAGACACCGAGUCAGCUCUAAAGCCAGGAUACUUGGCUAAAUUGCUAAGGGGAGUAAAGAAAGAGCGGAUUUUGGAGUUUCAAACCGAGCUGAAAAAGGUGCAGCACUACUUUGAAUAUGAUAAUCCAGAUGGAGCCGUAAAAGAGAUUUGGCGCCAAGUUUCUUUAAAACUUCCGCUUAUUAAACUUAUGAUCAACCGGGACAAGCGGAUUGUCCAGAGGCAGUUGAGCAAACCCGACUGUUCUUGCGUUUGCUCAAACCAAACAGGGAUCCAAUCAUCAUUAAAAAGAUAAUUACCUCUUCAGGCACUUAAUUUCUGCAUAGAUUUGUAUGUUUCUCAGCUCAUUAGCAUCAGAAACUGCAUCUGUCAACAAGGUUCGUUCGCAAGAUGACGAGGCUAUAUUCUCUCAUUUUGGCUGUCUAAAUUAGUCAUCAAAUUUGAUAAUAUGAGUUUUAGUAGUGCCUCUUGUUCUUUCAUUUGUUAUAGAAGAGAAAACUAUACUAGUUACUAGUUAUAGAAAUGUUCAUGUACUUUUGUUUCAUGGAAGGGUUUUACGAUAUAGGUUUGAGGACGCAUAAUCUUUUUUUUUUUUUUGUAGCUUUUCGGGCCCAGUUAUGUGAUUUAUUUGUUGUAGCUCAUGGGCUUAUAAAAGGUUCUCUUAUCACAACUGGAAAAUUGAUUCUGCGAA